AUGACGAGCGAGAGGGUUUCGGCGCUGAGCCUGGAGGAUGAGGAGGACGCGGCUCUGGGAUAUUACGACGACGAAGACGACCUGGAGGCGUUUUCAGACGCCGAGCUGGGCUGCGAGGACGGAGUGUUGGGCUUCAGUGAUUCCCUGAAUGGGGAGGUCAAACCUCGUAUACUGUUGAUGGGCCUGCGGAGAAGCGGGAAGUCCUCAAUCCAGAAGGUAGUUUUCCAUAAAAUGUCACCCAACGAGACCUUGUUCCUGGAGAGCACCAAUAAGAUCUGCAGAGAGGACGUCUCCAGCAGCUCCUUCGUCAGCUUCCAGAUCUGGGACUUCCCCGGACAGAUCGACUUCUUUGACCCCACCUUUGACUACGAAAUGAUCUUCCGUGGAACCGGAGCGCUAAUCUUUGUCAUCGACUCACAGGAUGAUUACGUGGAGGCUCUGAGCAGACUACAUCUCACAGUGACCAGGGCCUACAAAGUCAACCCGGACAUUAACUUUGAGGUGUUCAUCCACAAAGUGGAUGGCCUCUCAGAUGACCAUAAGAUCGAGAAGCAGAGGGACAUUCACAAACGAGCCAACGAUGACCUCGCAGAUGCCGGCCUGGAGCAAAUACACCUGAGCUUCUAUUUAACCAGUAUAUACGACCACUCCAUAUUUGAGGCUUUCAGUAAAGUGGUCCAGAAGCUCAUCCCACAGCUGCCUACACUGGAAAACCUGCUCAACAUUUUCAUAUCUAACUCAGGUAUUGAGAAGGCCUUCUUGUUCGAUGUGGUCAGUAAGAUUUACAUUGCCACAGACAGCAGUCCAGUGGACAUGCAGACAUAUGAACUGUGUUGUGACAUGAUCGAUGUGGUCAUUGACAUCUCCUGCAUCUAUGGUCUGACCAACACUGAAGGUGGUUUACCCUACGACAAAGAGUCCAUGGCCAUUAUCCACCUGAACAACACUACAGUCAUGUACUUGAAGGAGGUCACCAAGUUCCUCGCCAUGGUCUGCUUCCUCCGCAAGGAAAGCUUCGAGAGGAAAGGACUGAUUGACUACAACUUCCACUGCUUCAAAAAUGCCAUCCAGGAGGUUUUUGAUGUUCGAGUAAAAGUUCAACAAAAUCGGAAACUCCUCAGUCAGAGGAGGUGGAGCAAACUGACUAUGACCAAUGGAGUGCUCAGCAACCUCCACUGAGGACUGAUGACAUCACAUCAGUCAGCCAAAUGUACCCUGACAAAUCCAGGAGAUGCCAUUCUCAUUCAAAGAAACACCUUAAGUUUUUUCAUCUAUCGGGUAUCAUUCAUUCUGUUCAG